UCGUCGAAGCUCCAUCCUCUCGACCCGAAGCUGAAACAACUCUGCUUGCCUUCCUCUCCACCUCUGUCCGUCCCUCCCUCCGUCCUCCCUUCCCUCUCUCUUUCGCACUCCGCUGCAGCAGCCUCAGCACCUCAGUAGGGCAGGAGCACCGCACUGAGUCACAUCUACACUACACGCACGCACAUUCACGCACACAGACGCAGCCUCCUGCGGUAUAUCCCGUGUACGGCGCAGCGGCUUUUCCCACGGCAUACCAAGUGCGUCCUCGCCGGGAGAUGGGAGGUGCGGCUGCCGGGUCUCAGAGCGCUCAAAGCGGCUUGGUGUAGAGCCCUGCUGAUCGGGGAAUGCCGCUGGAAGUCUGCUGCUAUUUCUUUUCCCAGUGCAGGAAUCGCAUUUUAACUGUGCCGCUGUCCGGGAUUUAAAGUGAACAAGUCGCUUGAUCAGGAUAUAUCGUUAUUCUGAACCUUUCUCAUUUUUGGGGAGGGAGUGAGCAGAGUUGGGAUUUGCUGUGGAGGUGCCCCUUUCUCCGCAGUGUCGAUGCGGUUGUGACUGAUAUCUGCAUAGAUUACAGGUGCAUAAUGACCUUCAUCUCAAAACGGGCUUGAUCCUGCAACGGUACUGGACUGUGCCUCUGUCCCUCUCCUCAACCGUCCAACCAUCAGCACAGCCAUGACAUCUCAGUCAAAAAUACGGACCUAUUUUUUCUUUUGCUGCUUCCUGUUUAGUAUGGUGCUUCCUGCGGGAUCACAGACAGUGGUGCAAGCCCCACAGGCCCACAGUGCCGGAUCCCAAGUGAUCACAGCGUUGCUCCAAGAGGAGGGGUAUGCCUCAUUUUAUGCUGAGGACCCGCAGUGGACAUUUAACCAUCUUGCUGUGGACUAUCGCAAUGGCAACGUUUAUUUGGGAGCAGUUAAUCGCAUAUACAAACUGUCUCCAAGUUUGAAGCUUCAACUGUUCCAUGAGACUGGUCCAGAUGAAGACAACCGCAAGUGCUACCCACCACGUAUUGUUCAGCCUUGCAGCGAGCCACUGACACUUACCAACAAUGUAAACAAGAUGCUUUUGAUGGACUACAGGGAGAACCGGUUGCUGGCUUGUGGCAGCCUCUACCAGGGCAUCUGCAAACUCCUCCGUCUAGAUGACCUCUUCAAACUGGGAGAGCCCUUCCACAAGAAAGAGCACUACCUCUCUGGUGUGAAUGAGAGUGGCUCUGUGUUUGGUGUCAUUGUUUCCUAUGGCAAUGCUUCUCCAGAUAUGUUGUUUGUAGCCACAGCAGUCGAUGGUAAACCAGAGUACUUCCCUACCAUCUCUAGCCGAAAACUGGCAAGAAACUCAGAGGAAGAUGGCAUGUUUGCCUACGUCUUCCAUGAUGAGUUUGUGGCCUCUAUGAUUAAGAUUCCUUCGGAUACAUUCACAGUUAUCCCUGACUUUGACAUAUAUUACAUUUAUGGCUUUGCCAGCGGGAACUUUGUCUACUUCCUAACUUUGCAGCCCGAAAUGGGAGGUGGACCUACCACAGGUUCCUCUUCUGCUGGUCGGGAACAGGUAUACACAUCCAAGAUAGUUCGCCUUUGCAAGGCAGACACAGCAUUCAUCUCAUACGUCGAGGUCCCAAUAGGGUGCAUAAGUGGCAAUGUGGAGUACAGAUUACUUGAAGCAGCCUACUUAUCGAAAGCUGGUUCCAUCCUUGCACCUUCACUGGACAUGGCCCCAGAUGACGAUGUGCUUUUUGCCAUCUUCUCAAGAGGUCAGAAGAGGCGUCCGAGGCAGGCCCCUCAGGACUCUGCUCUGUGUGUUUUUUCACUUCGAAAGAUCAAUGAGAAAAUCAAGGAAAGGUUGCAGUCCUGCUACAAGGGAGAGGGCACACUAGAUCUGGCCUGGCUGAAAGUCAAAGAUGUUCGCUGCAGCAGUGCGCUCUUAACCAUUGACGAUGACUUUUGUGGGCUCGACAUGAAUGCGCCUCUGGGUGUGUCUGAAAUGGUGCACGGCAAGCCUCUCUUUACAGACGCCAUUGACAAAAUGACCUCUGUGAUUGCCUACGUCUACAAGAACCACUCACUGGUCUUCGUGGGCACAAAAAGUGGACGAGUCAAGAAGAUCCGGGUAGAUGGUUCCUCUCGUGCCCUUCAGUAUGAGACUGUUCAAGCUGUUGAGAAUGGACCCAUCCUGAGAGAUAUGGCCUUCUCCUCUGACCACCACUACCUCUACGUCAUGUCGGAGACUCAGCUGUCGAGAGUGCCGGUGGAAGCUUGUGGACAGUACUCCACCUGCAGUGAAUGUCUUGGAUCGGGUGAUCCUCACUGUGGCUGGUGUGUUUUGCACAACAUGUGUGCCAGAAAGGAGAAAUGUGAGCGCUCAUCAGAACCCCGGCGCUUUGCUUCAGACAUCAAGCAGUGUGUGCGUCUAAGUGUCCACCCGAACAACAUAUCAGUGUCCCAGUUUAGUGUCACGUUGGUGCUGGAAGCCCAUAACGUCCCAGAACUUUCAGCAGGCGUUAACUGCACAUUUGAGGACCUGGCUGAGAUGAAUGGCUUGGUAGAAGGGAACCGGAUCAAGUGUUCCUCUCCAGCUGAAAAGGAGAUGCCACGAAUUAUUGUGGACAAGGGUGACCACCAGAUUGUUCAGCUCUAUCUAAAGUCCAAGGAGACCGGUCUGGCUUUUGCAAAUGCCAGUUUUGUUUUCUACAACUGCAGCGUCCACAAGUCGUGUCUGUCUUGUGUCAGCAGUCCCUACAAGUGUCAUUGGUGUAAAUUUAGGCAUGACUGUACCCAUGACCCUCGCACUUGUUCCUUCCAGGAGGGCCGAGUCAAGAAUCCUGAGGGCUGUCCACAGUUGCUGCCUGCAGACAGGAUACUGGUUCCAGUCAAUGUGGUAAAGCCCAUCACCCUGCGGGCCAAGAACCUACCCCAGCCACAGUCUGGGCAGAGGGGCUACGAGUGCCUCCUAACCAUCCAGGGAAAUGAGCACAGAGUACCUGCCCUGCGCUUUAACAGCUCCUCAGUGCAAUGUCAAAACACAUCGUAUUUCUACGAUGGGAUGGAGAUGAGCAGUCUUCCUGUGGAGCUGACCGUCAUCUGGAACGGAGAUUUCAGCAUUGAUAACCCCGCCCACAACAAAGUUCAUCUUUAUAAGUGUGAUGCUCAGCGUGGAAGUUGCGGUUUAUGUCUGAAAGCAGACCCACUGUUUGGGUGUGUUUGGUGCAAGGGAGAGAACCGCUGCACCCUCAAGCAACACUGCCUCCUCCCAGAGAACCAGCUGCUCGAGCCCAACGGGAUCAACAGCAAAUGCACCAACCCCAAAAUCACUCAGAUCAACCCUCUGCGCGGUCCCAGGGAAGGUGGCACACUUGUGACUAUCCGUGGUGAAAAUCUUGGACUGGACUUCAGAGAGAUUCAGGGUAAUGUGAAGGUGGCUGACGUGGACUGCACCCCCAUACGUGAUGGUUACAUACCUGCGGAACAGAUUGUUUGUGAGAUGGGGCGAGCAGAGCUGAGCCAGUAUACUGGGAACAUACAGGUGUGUGUUGGUGUUGGAGCAUGCAGACCAGAAUUUAUGGCAACAUCAUCCAAGUACUACUACUUUGUGAUCCCACGAAUUACUGGGCUGAAGCCGAGCCGUGGUCCAGUCUCCGGGGGAACAAUUGUCAACAUCACAGGCAGCCAUUUGGAUGCUGGGAGCAACGUGUCAAUUAUGUUUAAGGACCAGCCGUGCACUUACUUGAGGAGGGGUGGACAGUGGCUAACCUGCCGAACACAUGCCUCUCUGCAUGGAAUCGGGAGGGUAUCUGUGUCUGUGAGCAUAGAUAAGGCCCAACUCCAGAAAGAUCUGCAGUUUGAAUAUGUGGAGGAUCCCACUAUAACAAAGAUUGAGCCAGAGUGGAGCAUCUACAGUGGUCAUACUCCAGUGAUGGUAACAGGAACUAACCUGGACAUCAUUGAGACCCCAAUCAUAAGAGCUAAAUACAACAGCCAAGAAUCGCUCAGCAUGUGUCAGGUGCUGAGUUCCACAACUAUGCAGUGUCAGGUCCCAGAACUGUCCAUAAGCCUGGCCAGGCAGCAAGUACCAGAAAAACCCGAUGAGUUUGGCUUUAAAAUGGACGAUGUGCAGUCACUGAUGGCCCUCAACAACACCAACUUUAUCUACUACCCCAACCCUGAAUUUGAGCCACUUAGUCCCUCUGGUGUCCAAGAGCUUAAGCCUGGGUCACCAAUCAUACUAAAAGGACGAAACUUUCUUCCGCCAACUAAUAGUGGGAAUGGAAAGUUGAACUACACAGUCCUGAUUGGAGACAAACCCUGCAUGUUAACAGUGUCAGAGAACCAGCUUCUUUGUGAGUCACCCAACCUGACUGGUCGCCACAAAGUCCUGGCACGUGUUGGCGGUAUCGAAUUUUCCCCUGGUGUGGUCCACAUCACAUCUGACAGCCCACUCAGCAGCACGGCGAUCAUCGGCAUCGCUGCAGCUGGUGCAUUGCUCAUCUUUUUCAUUGUGGUGGUCCUGAUCGCCUACAAGCGCAAGUCUCGUGAAAGUGACCUGACUCUGAAGAGACUACAAAUGCAGAUGGACAACCUUGAGUCACGUGUGGCACUGGAGUGCAAAGAAGCUUUUGCAGAGCUUCAAACAGACAUUCAUGAGCUCACCAGUGAUCUAGAUGGAGCAGGAAUCCCCUUUCUAGACUACAGGACUUACACCAUGAGGGUCCUUUUUCCAGGCAUUGAGGAACAUCCUGUACUGAGAGAUCUGGAGGUGCCAGGUUACCGCCAGGAGCAAGUGGAGAAGGGGCUGAAGCUCUUUGGCCAGCUCAUUAACAACAAAAUAUUCCUGCUGUGUUUUAUUCGCACUCUGGAGGCCCAGCGUGGCUUCUCCAUGAGGGACCGUGGCAACGUGGCCUCACUGAUCAUGACCGUGCUGCAGAGCAAGCUGGAGUACGCCACCGAUGUCCUGAAGCACCUGCUGUCUGACCUGAUAGACCGCAACCUUGAAAGCAAAAAUCAUCCCAAAUUGCUGCUUCGCAGGACGGAGUCUGUUGCAGAGAAAAUGCUGACCAACUGGUUUACGUUCCUUCUCUACAAAUUUCUAAAGGAGUGUGCAGGCGAGCCCCUCUUUUCCCUCUUCUGUGCCAUCAAGCAGCAGAUGGAGAAAGGCCCCAUUGACUCGAUCACAGGAGAGGCUCGCUACUCGCUCAGCGAAGACAAGCUCAUCAGACAACAGAUUGACUACAAGACACUGGUGGUCAACUGCAUACAUCCAGAGAAUGAGAAAAGUCCAGAGAUCCAAGUGAAAGUCCUAAACUGUGAUACAAUAAGUCAGGUGAAGGAGAAAAUUCUGGAUGCCAUCUACAAGAACGUCCCAUAUUCACACCGCCUAAAGGCCUCAGAUAUGGACCUAGGUAAGAAUCGUAGGUUUACUGACUUUAUGUGUGCAUCUGUUCUCUCUGACCCACAGGGUACAUUACAGAAGUUUGUUGACGACCUGUUUGAAACCAUCUUUAGCACCGCCCACCGGGGAAGUGCCCUGCCACUGGCAAUUAAAUACAUGUUUGACUUCCUGGACGAGCAGGCAGACAAACACAGCAUCCACGACCCGCAUGUGCGACACACAUGGAAGAGCAACUGCCUACCUCUGCGCUUCUGGGUGAAUGUGAUCAAGAACCCCCAGUUUGUGUUUGACAUCCACAAGAGCAGCAUCACAGAUGCCUGUUUGUCUGUGGUGGCCCAGACCUUCAUGGACUCCUGCUCCACCUCAGAACACCGCCUUGGGAAAGACUCACCAUCCAACAAGCUGCUUUAUGCCAAGGACAUCCCCAGCUACAAGAGCUGGGUGGAGAGGUACUACUCAGACAUUAGUAAGAUGCCAGCAAUCAGUGACCAGGACAUGAAUGCCUACUUGGCAGAACAGUCACGGAUGCACAUGAAUGAGUUUAACACCAUGAGCUCUCUCAGUGAGAUUUACUCGUACGUGGGGAAGUACACUGAGGAGAUUGUGUGUUCACUUGAGCAGGAUGACGUAGCCAGGAAACAGAGACUGGCCUUCAAGCUGGAGCAGGUGGUGGCCUUCAUGAGUCUGGAGAGCUGAGGACCGCACUUCCCAGGGUGCACUGGGAAGAGACCCCGUCAGAAACCGAGCUGUGCCUGAGCGAAAACCUGUCCCCAUUUUUUUCCAUCAUUUGACUUCCACCCUCAGCUUUUCAGAGAUUACUUCUUCCUCAAUUUUUCUUCUGCUUCCCUCCUCCCUGAGAGAUAUUUUGUUUUUCUCAUCAACACAGCUGCAUAGACUAGUUUACCUGAAUAUUUGCGAGGGGUGGUGCGCAGCUGAGGUCAACGUCUCCUGCAGUGCAAUGUGGGGCGUCCCUCAGCUUCAUCACAGGGGGGAGCUUCUUUGGGGGAUUACUUGAGAGCUGGCCAUAUUGGCGUCCUCCCCCUGCUGGAUUAAAAGAAGAAAAAAAAUUAUGUUGCCUUCAAGAAUUUACACUGAUAGUAAAUCUUUGGAAACUACAACGUAGGGUGUCCAUAUGUUGAACUUUUAAAAAUAGGAUAGUUAAGAUAAAAUCAUCUAGAGUUCUGUUUAAUGUAGUUCUAGAUUCAACAUAUGGCAUCAAGUGCAAACAUCAAGAGUGAUGACUGCAAGCCAAAUGAACACCUCUGGAGAAAAUUAAUGCAAGAAUGGUUUGCCAAGUUUACACUGUACCUUCAAGCAAAGCAUACAUAUCCGUGAAUCUGGGUCAAAUCCAGGCAAACCUAGAAUGUUUUUGUGUUCUUUAAAUGUAGCUCGGGUUGUAUCUAAGGACAAGACUGAUGGGGUGUGGGGAGGGAAUAUCGCUCCCUGAACUUUUCCUCCCUGAAACAAAGCAGAGCAUCCUCAGCCUUUAGCUUGUUGUACCUUUCACACCUUUUUACCUGCCUAGUGUACUUUCAAGAAAUAAAAAAAGCUCAUGAUUUCUGCUUCCAUGGCUAUUGCAAAUUAAAGCUAUUAGAUCAAAUACUAGAGCCCCACCCAAGUUGGAUCCUCUGAUUAAAAAGCACACAACCAACUCUGGAAGACAAACACCAGAAGCAGUCUCUUCCAACGGUCUAUCAAAGCACACACAAAAAUACACAAGAGAAAAAAUAAAUCAGCAGCUGCCCAGAUAUCCACAACAACCCUAAGGAGCUAAAGGGAGAAGCUGACUGAGAUGCACGGAGUAAGAAUGACUGAACACAGAGUAGCCAGAGAUGGCUGACUGCUACCUAAAGGGGCUUUGUUGUCUGAGUAGUACGUCUUUUCGAGGAUGUUAUUAUUUAAGACUUUCACGUGGGGAAAAAUGAAACGAGAUGGACUUUGCUGGUCAGCCAAAAACCAAAGGAGCUUGAAAUUUUCAAAAAAAACGGUCAAAAAUGUAUUUAUACAUUUUAAAUACAUAUUUAUAUGUAUUUAUAAAGUGCCACUGAGGAACUGACAAAAAAAACAUAUUGUGACUGGAACUGUAAGAAGCCUGUGUGAUUUUUUCUGACCUCAGUGUGUCGAGGUGAGAGGCUCCGUGGGCGACGUGAUCCGAUCCUCCCCGGUCUCUCCUGCUCUCGGCACACCAGCUGCCCUUUUUUUGUCUGGCUCCUCGAUUAACAGCUUAUCUGUUUUGCACAAGCAUUGGAGAUGGUAGCUAGCUGCGUAUGGCAAAACUCCAAUUUCUUGAGGCCCUCUUUCUGUAUUAGUGUAGUUGUCCUCAGUGGUGGCAGGGGGCGGCCUUCUCCAAGCCUCAAAGAAAAGAAACAAAAUUCUGUCAGCAUCACAGACAUGAAGAGUAAUUACAACUAGUCGGACAUACGCCGGCACCAUGAGAGUGAAAGAGUGACUGAAAGUGAUGAUGGAGGCGCCCUCCGUACCUUUUGACCUCUGCCCUUUCUUUUGCCUUGACAACGUGCCCCAUGUGGUGAUGUGAAUGUGUGAAGACCGCCCUAGGUCCACCUUGGGUCCUUUAUUGGCUUUUUAAGCGCAUGUAAAAUGUAAACCAUUUAAGAAACUUAUUUUAAAAAAAGUGAAAAACAAGAAAACUAAGCCUUGCAAUGAUGAUGUGGAUGUGUUCUUUAUUCUUUCUUUUGCUUGGAAGAACCGAGAUGGGAAAAAGUGGACUGUUCAUAUAAGAAAAACUGUUGUUUAAGGUGGAACCUUUAUCUUGUUUGGCCUCCUGCAGAGUUUCAUACCCACAGUUUUUGUGAAGUGGUAGUUGCUAAAUAUUACAGAUAUUUACCUUUGCAUGUUGACCUAUUUGGAUGGUAUGAAAUGGAAAUGCCUUGCUCAAAGAUAUUCAUAUACUCCUGCAACUACUUGGGAGAUUUAGGUCUACCAUGUCUUUCAUUACAGGCCAUCAGUGCCUCCUGUGUGGUUCAAAUUUUGGGUGAGAAAACAUACAAACCCUGCAGUUGAUUAUUUUACCACCCAUCUGUUGAGCUUGGACAGAAAGGAAAUGUAUCAAGAGCACAAAAGAAACUUACUGAUGAAAACCGACAGACAUUGCUUCAUUUAAAAAAAUGAUUUUGGCUAGAGUUGCCCCAGGUUUUUGUAAAACUUGAACCUGUUGAUACUGAUUCAGAAUUUUCUUCAAGUAACUGCCAGCAGCAUUUAAUGUGUUGGAAGUACAGUAAACAUUACUCACUAGACCCUUAACCCUUGGCUCCAAACAUUUUGAAAUCCAAUAAAACUACCAUGUUGACAUCUCCAGCUGUAGAUCAUCUUUUCUUAGCGAUAAGUGGGUCAGCAUCACUAUUUCAAAAAGGCUGAGUUUAAUCUUUACACAAAGUAAACACUAAUUUUACCUCUCAGAGUUACAAGGGCUGAACAACAAUGAAAAUCCAGCAUAUUCUAUGACUAAGUGAGGCUGAAAGUUCAAAAUCAGAAACUUUACUAUAAUGCAUUCAGCCGUCCUGGAAUCUACAGAAGUUGGCUCCAGUUCAAUCCACUUCUUGGCCAACUCUACACAAUAUCUUCAAGGCAUUUUCAAAUUCACCAUCUCCUGGCAUACAGCUCAUUUCAUACUCUAAAGUUUGACAUGAAAAGAACAUGACUACAAAAGUAAAAAAUUAGAGGAACCAAAGCCACCAGCAGCCUGAACAAACAGCCAGUAUGUCUCCACAGAAUGUAACUUCUUUCUAAAUAAUGUCUUAGUUUAUUUAUGCUUCCUCUGACUUCAAAACACAUCACUGAGACUUCUUUAUUCAGUAAUGGCUUCCACACUAAAGAGUGCUUUUGGCACAACCCGCUACCGCUUAGGGUAUAGUAUAUUCACUGAUCAGGGAAAAAUAAUUGUUCACCUUUUUCUUAUGAGGAGAAUCCUUGCCUGUUGCAAUUUAGAGAAGUACACUUAGACAGGCAGUUGGUCUACAUAUCAAAGAUUUUCUGAAUUUUAAGAAACAGCAAACUGAAACUUUCAGUAAAGACUCUCUAUACAUAAACCAUGUCUAAAACACAGAAACAAUGAAAAGCACAAGCUGAGAGUCCUUGGAUGUCAUUGUAAAACUCUCUCCUCAGUGCUACUUCCCAGCUUUCCUUUCUUCCUGGCUCAACAUUUACCCUCCAACAAAGGUUGCCUGCUUGUAGCCUCCUCGUGCUACCAACAGCACAGAUAAAGUUUCCACCUUCAAACAUUUUGUAGGAAUUUAAAAUGUCCUCCUAGCUCAGUGUUAUCGCAGGUGUUACACAAACAUGGUAGAAAAGACUUUUACUAGAUCAUAUCUGAAAGAUAAAGAGUAUCUUAUUGAGAGAUAAAAACGAAACCUGGGGAAUUAUAAGGCGAGCUUCUCUAACUUUGUUAUAAUUGUAUACCUGUGUAUGUAAAUAUAAUGCAUUCCUAUUUUGCAGUCAAGAACAAAAUAAUAUUUGUAAUAUAGAAUAAACUUUAUUAUGAAACAAA